AGAAGGGAAAGGUUGAACAUGGGCAACAGCCUUAGGUGUUGCUUGGCCUGCGUCCUUCCCUGCGGUGCACUUGACCUCGUCCGAGUUGUCCAUCUAAAUGGCCAGGUCGAUGAGUAUAGUCGCCAAGUCUCCGCGGGCGAGAUCUUGGCAGCCAAUCCCAACCACGUCUUGAGCAAGCCGUGUUCUCAAGGUGGUGUUCGCCAGAUCCUACCGGUCUCCCCAGAUUCAGAACUCAAACGAGGUAACAUUUACUUCCUAAUCCCAGCAUCUUCGAUUCCAGAAAAAAGGAAGAAGCAUCAGAAGAGGAAGCAUACGAAGGCCAGCACAAUUGCCAAAGUAGAAGAUGAGAACAAGUAUUUAGCUGAUAUCCUCCCGGAGAAGAAGAAGUCAGCCCACCGUAGAAGCGGUCGAGUCGGGGUGUGGCGGCCUCAUCUCGAGAGCAUUUAUGAGGUCCCAGGAGGCAAUCAGGCUUGGGAAUGAUGACAAUUCCCGGCCGGAUUGUGGCCGGCCGGCGGUGAGGCCAAGUGCUGGGUCAAUUGCACCAGGGGUAACGUUUUCUCUAUGCCGUGGUGGGUCUUCCAUGGAUGCCUAUGUAAUAUUUUUCCCUUCCCACUUCAUAGAAAUGAGUGGAAGUCGUGGAGUUCUUUUUAUCCUACGUAGAUC